AUGCACAAGCCCCAGAUCAAGUCGACUCCUCCUCCUCCGCCGCCGGACGUUUACGACUUCUCUCUGGACGACGAGAACACCGCGGUGUUCCUCGGAGGUGGAGGAGCGGGCGCGGUGUCUCCUCUGAGCGAGUACAUCCAGGCCGAACACCAGCAUGCCGGACUCUUCUCCAUGUCCCAGGAACCGGCGAGGAAGAAGAGGAAGCGCUGCGGCGUGUGCGGGCCGUGCCUGCGCACCGUGAACUGCGGCGCCUGCAGCAGCUGCUUCAACAGGAAGGUCGGCCAUCAGAUCUGCAAACUCAGGAAGUGUGACGAGCUCAAGAAGAAGAGACCACAGGUAAGAGUGGACCUUUUCGACGACGGGGUAGGAACACAGACAUUGACCCCAAAACUGGCCGCUGAGAUUGUUUCAGGGGUGGACAUAGUGGAUGGCCCCAGAGGAAGUGGCCAGAUGGAAAUUGACCAUGGCCGCCUGGAGAAAGGCGUGUUGAAUGGGCCUAGUCGACAUGGAGAAAACAGAGAGGAGACCAAUGGCCUUGAAAGUGGAGCCCUGGCCAAACAUCACCCAAAGUACCACCACCAGAAACAGGAAUGGGGGCCUGAGAAUCAUAGAGGGGCCUCCAACCAUCAACAGCAGGAUGCAGGUUGGAGCGACCAAACCACAAGUAGCUUGGUAAACAAUGUAGACAUGGAGGACGCUAAAAACCUGAUGGACUUCUCAGUCAGUGCCAGCUCCCUUCCCCCUUGCAGUGUCCCUCAGCCUCCUCAAAUUCCUACUGCGCAGCUUUAUGAAAAGUUCAACCAGGAAAUGUCCGGUCGAGAGGAUGGCGACAAACAGAAAAGUUGGAGCGGCGAUGUUCAGCACUGUGCUCCAGAGGAUCUAAACAUGCUUCAGAUGGCACUAAGUCAAGCACGUCAUGGCCACAAGCCACCAAGCUGUGACUGUGAUGGACCUGAUUGUCCUGACUAUCUGGAGUGGCUUCAGAAGAAGAUUAAAAAUGCAACCAAUAGUCAUGACAAGGGUCCCUGCAAGAUGUCAGGUGCUUCUCAGACAGAGCAACAGCACUAUAAGAAUCAGAUGCAACCACCAACUAGUGGCACUAACACCUCUUCUGGAUCAGAACCACAGGCACCGAACCAUCUCACGCAACCUCCAAUCCAAAGACCUUAUGGCCCCCUACCACCUAUUCCUUGUUCUCCCAGUGUGCUAUCAAUUGCUAAGGAGAGAAAUGUCAGCCUAAAUACAGCUAUUGCAAUUGAGGCACUGACCCAGCUAUCGGGCACUGGUGGGGCUGUAGUCCACCAUGCUUCCUCUCAUUCCCACUCCCAACAUCAAGAGUCAUCAUCUGGACCACAGUCAUCAUCAUCUGCAUCCCCUAUGCCCCAGUGUAUCCCUCCUGAGCAUUUCCUUCAGCAAAACCCUGGCUCAUGGGAGCAGCAAAGGCCUCAGUCACAAGGUUCUACUCAGCACUCCUCACAAUACAGAUCCUCAAACUCCCCCUUUCCUAGCUCACACCCAUCCACUCCUAAUCCAGUUCCUCAUCAGUGGCAGCAGAACACUGGGGCAACAGGUGAAAAAAGCUCUCAUAGAAACUCCUGGGUGACAAAUACUGAAGCUCAGGCUAGUUUUCUGCCCCUGUCCCAUGGCAGCAAUGACCCAAUGUCUGAGUUGAAGCAGCUCCUAGGAGAUAGCAGUGGAAAUUACCCCAGUACUGGCUUCAAAUUACCUGUUCCGAGUCAAAAAUUAAAGGACAGUCAUCCAGUAAUGCCUCAUGUUAAACAAGAGGUAGACAACGGGGACUAUCCCAGUGAAGUGGUUACAGCAAUGAGCCAGUACGCAAUGAUCAAUGGUCAGCAGCAGUUUCAAGGCCAGCAGCUUUCUCAAUCCAUUAGGCAUUCAACUCAGGCGGCACUGCAACAGCACCUUCAUUAUAAACGUAACCUUUUUUCUAGUCCCCAACCUUUUAGCCCACGGACUCCCACAGCAUGCCAGACUCUACGCAAGUGGUGGCCACAGACCACAGCAGAAAAUGCUCUAGGAAUCAAGCAAGAACCCAAGGAACCAAAGAAGAAAAAGACUCCACAAAGUUCUCCUCUUCUCAAGCAGCAAAUGGGAGGACUGUUUGGUUCCUUGGACCCACCUCUCCCCAAGCCUAAACAGAUUGUCAUUAAAAAAAUAAAACAGAAGGCCUCUCAACCUCUCUUCCUCCCACAAAAUCAGAUCUCAGUACAGAAACAAAGCACGCCAGCAAGUAUAUCAUCCCCAUCACAUCAGGCACCAUCACUACCAGGCAUGGGGGCUGGUAUUUCCUCCUGUCUACCCCCAUAUAACUUCUCUCAGGUGGCUGCAAGCCAAGCAGCUCCAGCCAAAACUCAGGAAUCCAUUUUUAACAGCAGUAGUACCCCAGUCUCUGGAAACACCUCCCAAGCCUCCACCUCUGUAUCCAUCCCUGUAUCCCCUGCCCAGGAUGGAAUGACAAGGUCAGGCCUGUCUACAGUAGGUGAGGAUACUCCGGCCACAACUUCCACAACUCAGACCACAGAAUCUCAGCCCACACCACCCGUUUGUGGCCUCGGUUCCCUGGAUCCAAAAUUUGAGGAGCUGAUUCGCCAGUUUGAGGAAGAAUUUGGAGACACUUUGCCCUCUGCCACAGGCCCAGAGGGUUUAAAGCAGGGCCCUGUUCCACCUGCGGUUACUGACUGCGACCUAAAUUUGAACUCAGGACAAACCAGAACCCAGUCACCUGCAGAACAGCUCAACAAUCCUCUUGAUCCACAAAGCCAGCCAGAACCCAGUCUGCAGCAGACUGAAGGAGAGAAUGAAGAAAAAGGGAUGUCCUCCAAUCAGCUUCCUGCCACCAAACAAGAACCUGAGGAGUUUCCUGUGGAUGUUAAGCCCUCAGAACAACACUUAUUCCAAGCACAGCAGCGACUUGUGGACCCCCUUUCCAUGAUUAGCACUCCUCCAAACAAACGUAUGAAGAUCGAGUCAUCUGGUGGUGUAACAGUGCUGUCCACCAGUGGCUGUUUCUCUACAACAGGAGAUGAUUUGGAUACACCCACAAAAGAUGGAUUUCCGUCCACCCCCUCAUUACAAGGUUUUCUGGAGUCUCCAUUGCAAUACCUGGAUACCCCAACAAAAAGCAUACUAGAUACUCCUGUAAAGGAUUCUCCAGCAGAAUUCCCUCUCUGUGACUGCGUUGAGCAAAUCCUAGAAAAAGAUGAAGGCCCAUAUUACAACCAUUUGGGAUCAGGCCCCACUGUGUCUUCAAUAAGAGAGCUGAUGGAGAACAGGUUUGGAGAGAAGGGCGAGGCGGUCCGUAUAGAGAAGGUGGUGUACACUGGGAGGGAAGGCAAGAGCGCCCAGGGAUGUCCUAUUGCGAAAUGGGUGAUUCGUCGCAGCAGCGAGAAAGAAAAGUUGCUGUGUCUGGUGCGGCAUCGGGCCGGGCACCACUGUGCCAAUGCUGUCAUUAUUGUUGUGAUCCUGGCCUGGGAGGGCAUCCCAAAGGCACUGGGUGAUAAACUUUAUCGAGAGCUGUCCGAUACCCUCACGCAACACGGCAACCCAACCAGCCGCCGAUGUGGCCUCAACGAUGAUCGAACAUGUGCAUGCCAGGGGAAGAAUCCAGAAAGGAGUGGCGCUUCCUUCUCUUUCGGCUGUUCUUGGAGCAUGUACUUCAACGGGUGUAAAUAUGCCCGAAGCAAAAUACCUCGGAAGUUCAGACUGCAGGGAGAACACCCCAAAGAGGAGGAGCUUAUCAGGGAUAACUUCCAGAACCUGGCCACCCAGGUAGCACCUGUAUAUAAGCGACUGGCCCCUCAGGCGUAUCAAAACCAGUGCGUCAACGAGAAUGUGGCGUCGGACUGCCGGCUGGGGCUGAAAGAGGGACGUCCCUUUUCAGGCAUCACUGCAUGCAUGGACUUCUGUGCCCACGCUCACAAAGACCAGCAUAACCUUCACAACGGCUGCACUGUGGUUUGCACUCUUACAAAAGAGGACAAUCGGAAGGUGGGGAUGAUCCCCGAUGACGAACAGCUCCAUGUGCUUCCGCUUUAUAAAGUCUCCCUGACGGACGAGUUCGGCAGCGAGGAGAACCAGCGCCUCAAGAUGCAGACGGGAGCCAUCCAGGUGCUCAACAAGUUCCCCAGAGAGGUGCGCAAACUCCCCGAGCCCGCCAAGUCGUGCCGCCAACGGCGACUGGAGGCCAAGAAAGCUGCGUCCGAGAAAAAGAACAGGAAACAGCAGGUGGCAGAGACGCCGGAGAAGACGAUCAAGAAGGAGAUGUCCUUGCAACCACAGCAAGGCAAUAAAGCAAUCCCGAAACAAGAGGUAAAGCCCACCAUCAAAAAAGAAGUUCUAGACCGAUAUCAUUCCAUCAAUGGAGCAGCAGAUGGCUACCCAGUCCAUGGGAAUGGCAAAAUGUGUCCCAGUCCCUACAACAUGAAUGGUGCCUACUCUUCUUACCCCAGUCCCUAUGCAAAAGGUGGCAUGCCUUCUAACAGCCAGUCUUCUGCACAGAGCCCCAUUAAUGGCUUCCAUCCUAACCUUCAAGGAAUGGCCUACAAUUACUACAAUUAUCCCCCUAAUGCACUUUUGCCCCCAGAGGUUUUGGGCUACGAGGGUCGUAACGGAACUUGGCCCAGGGCUGCUGGAGCAGAACAAAAACCAGAUGUCCAGAGUAUUCAGGCCAGGCUAGUGCGGGCGUACCCAAACCACUCUGAGCAACAGCACCAGCAAGGGAUUAACACUGGCUACCUGCCCUCCCAGUCCUCUAAUCUGUCUAACCGUGCGCCGUCUGCACCCCCGGAUCAGCUGCACCGUGGCACACCAGUCAUCAAGCAGGAGCCCAUGGAUGUACCUCUACAUGACACAAGAACAGAUGGGCAAGCCAGGAGUUGCCCCGUUACCCCAAGCGUCACCCCUCAACCAGACGUCUGGCCUGGAUGCAAGCCCAACGGGAUUUUAGCGUCCAAAGGUUGGGAUGGAAAUCUCCAACAGAGUCAAGCUCAUUCCAUUUUUACUCCAGAAAAGCAGCACCAGCGACACCAAAACCAACUGCAGCAAUCUCAAUUCACCCAACAGCAGCAGCAAUGGCGCUCCUACCCAGGUACUCCAGUGGCCUCUCCAGCUUUGAAGACUGGCCCACCUCCUUCACCUUCUCCUCACCCAGCUACUCCACAACACUGGAGCAGUCCUGCUCCCAGUCCACAGCCCAAGGCCUGGGGUCACCACGGAACCCCUGUUGGUGCUUUUCCAGAUAAAAUGACGUCUGAGGCUAUAGAAAACAGAGGUUCCACUCCCCAGGGCCUCCAGGAGAAGGCCUGGAGGUCCGGUGGUGCCUGUGCAGCAGGAAGAAAUCCGUCCCCAGCUCCAGAAGGUCGUCUGUUUCCAGAUGCGCUCCAAAAGGUAAACGGACAGGCAUGCUGGGAGAGCGAGGCGGAAAGUGAGAGAGACCCCGAAGAGGAUGAGGUGUGGUCGGACAGUGAGCACAACUUCCUGGAUCCCAACAUCGGAGGAGUGGCAGUGGCCCCCGGACAUUGCUCAGUCCUGAUCGAAUGCGCCCGGCGAGAACUUCACGCGACCACACCCUUGAAGAAACCAGACCGGAGCCACCCGACACGCAUCUCCUUGGUCUUCUACCAGCAUAAAAAUCUAAAUCAGCCCUGCCAUGGUCUUGCACUCUGGGAGGCCAAGAUGAAGCUUUUGGCUGAGAGGGCGAGGCAGCGGCAACAGGAGGCAGCUCUUCUGGGCCUCUCGCAGGAAGACAUGAAGGCAUACACCAAGAAGCGCAAGUGGGCCGACGGAGCGGCCGGUCCCAUCUCGGCGCCCACCAAGGACAAGCGGGAAGGGGUGGUGACACGGAUGACCAUGACACAACACACCAACUCCAUGGUCACCGCCGCACCCUAUGCCUUCACUCAGCUCACAGGUCCCUACAGUCGCUUUAUGUAAGCUCUUACAGGAUGGUAAAAAUAUGGAAGAAAUGUAUCACCGUGCAUCCCAGCCUUCUAAAAUCCAUCCAUGCAGAAGGACACAUUUUUAUUAUUUUACCUCAAAUUUUGGUGGCAGUUUGGGAGUCCCCCAGACUGAGAUGCUGCCUAUGGUGCUCUUCUUCUCUUCGACAUGGAAGGGACUUCAAAGUUUAC